UCUCUAACUCCUGACCUGACACAGCACUUUUACAAGCUUCUAUUUUUUUUUUUUUAUCUAAACAUUCAAACAAAACUAAAACCCAAAACGCAAACAAACAAACCAACAAGCUAACUAACAAAGCGGUCAUAAUGCGUUUCGAGAUCACGACCUUUACAACACUUGCACUUCUUGUUGCACCAGCAUUGGCAGCCAAGACUUGGGAUGUGAAGAUUGACGAUGGCAAGUUUUCGCCCUCGAUCCUGGAUAUCUCACCCGGAGACACGGUUCGCUGGCCUUUGGAUGAUGGCGGAGAUCAUGCGAUUGUGGAGACCAUUCCAGGGCCUCAGUCAUGUACCGCAAAGUCUGGAGGAUUCAAUUCGGGACGAAAGACAGCAGGCCAGCCUUAUCAACGUACGUUCCCGGUUCAGGGGGUGGUGAACUACAAGGAUGGCAUUGGAGCCAACUGUGCCAAGAACAAUACGGUUGGAACCAUUUAUGUGGGACCUCGACCAAGUGACGCGGUGCCACCUGCACCAGUAACUUCGAUCACGUCCGCGAUGAGCAGUGCCAGUGCCAGUGCCAGUGCUAGUGUUAGUAGCACUAUCCAGCAGCGUACUUCAACCACUUCGAUGAUGCAUACUAGUAGCCGUGGAGAUGGUGCGAGCCACACAUCCUCCAUGAUUGCUCCUACAAACCAACCCAGCAAUGCCAAUAAGUUGGUGCAAAGCUCGAUCGCUUUGGGCUUUGUAGGUCUAAUUGCAGCUCUUGCUGCAGCCCUUUAA